UGUCUCAAGCGUGACUGAUACAACUUUGCCGCAAAAAGAGCACCCCCCAUUUCUUCUUUUCGACAUCAUAUGAGCACUGCACUCUCACAGUGAGCCACAUAUAUGGACGUUUCACAUAAUAUCGGGCAGAGUCUGCUCCCCACAUGAAUCGACCAGAAGUGCCCCCUUCCAUCGAUUAUAAACCCGCAUCACUCUCGUCUCAGUUCUGUUCCUUUCCCUUCCCGCAUUUAAUGAUCCCAGCUACGGACUAAGCCAGACCAUGCUCGUAUAGAAGAGAUUCUUUCCCUUCGAUGCGUGUCUGGGCUUCAGCUGAGCUUUGUCUAGUUGAUGCGAUAUCAGCUUCUUGAUUCAUGGGGAAGACCGGUGGACGAAGCUUUUGGCUCAGUGCCUUGAAAGGGAUUUGCAGGAGGAGAGAAGAGUUUCAGGAGGAAGACGAAGAAGACGAGGGGAGAGGGAAGAGAAUGUGGACGCUCUUGAGGCCUACUAACCAAGAAGCUGCGACAUCCCGACAAUGCAGCCGCGAACGGACCAUAAGCACGACAGCAACGAGGACUGUCGUCGAAGAAACCCAUGCAGAUGGUGUCGAAGUUGAAGUAGCAAUGGCCACCACGGCGGCUGCUCAAGCGCCGGCCGCAACGGCAAAAGUGGCUCUUGAAGUCCCCCCGCAAAUCAGUAGGCCUCGCACCGAUGUUCAGAAAGAACACUGCGCCGCAAUCGUCAUUCAGACAAGCUUUAGAGGAUACUUGGCGAGGAGGGCGCUCCGGGCGCUUAGAGGAUUGGUGAAGUUGCAGGCAAUAGUCAGAGGCCGCAACGUGAGAAAGCGGGCGGAGAUGACUCUCAAAUGCAUGCAGGCUUUGGUUCGAGUUCAAGCGCAGGUAUGUGAGCAACGCAAUAGGCUCUCAGCCUCGGAUGCAGCGAGCACAAAUUGCAGGUUUCCCGAAUUCGGCAGCUUUUGGAGUUCUAUUGACUCCCUCGACAUCAAACUCGCUCCUAGAGAUGGAAGAAGUGUUUCUUGCGAUAGAAGUAACCACCGCCGACCGUACAAGUUGGCAGAGACCAAAUCCAUGUUGGAGAAGAGGAAGGAAGUCGCUUGGAAAAGCGAAAAUGACCUAGCUUUUGCUUUCUCUCAGCAGAAGAUAUGGAGUGAUUGCAGCAAAGACCUGCUUGCUAGUGAGGAAGAACCAACCCUGGACACACCCCGGAGGCCUGAUCAGAGGAUAACGGGAAGCAGUCAAAGUAGAAUCUCGCGUGACCAAGGAGAAGCCAUAAAAAUCAUUGAAAUCGAUACACGCGGACACCAUCCAUCUUCCAUUUCGUAUCAAUCUCCAAUUAAGUCAAGACAUCAUGCCCAAAUCAUACAGUCUUCGAGCCCUAGCCUUAUCGGAUAUCACCGGAACCGCCAGGAAUCGCCUCAAGCACCAGGGUACGGUUCCAGUCCUAAACCUAGAUUAAGUGGCUCGAGUGCUGGACUAAAGCCAAACUACAUGGCUGCAACUGCAUCCGCAAAAUCAAGGUUACGGUCCCAGAGCGCUCCAAGGCAGAGGAUUCCAACUCCAUUGAGAGAAAGGACCAGAUCGGCAAGAAAACGCCUGUCAUUUCCCGUUCCCGAUCCAUUUGGCAAAAUGGAUGAUGAAUUUCAUCAUUGUCUGGAGAGCCCGAGCAAUGAGGGAAGAGCUCUUGGAAACAACCGUUCCAGGAAUGAUCUCAGAAGCCUUUUGAGGUAA